AGAUGCACGCAGGCUCAACCCAGUGAGGGAGCGGAGCUGGCGGAAGCGCCCAGGGAGCAGCUGGAUGGACUGCAGGUGAGGCCGAUCCUUCUCCCGGAGACCCCAGGAAGCCUGGAAAGGACCUACGGAAGGCUCUGCCUGGCAAACUCACUCUCCUCUUGCAGUCUGCCAGUUUUCUCCAUCCAAGACAACCCCCUUGAGGAUACUGCCCUGGAUCAAAGCCACUAUUGGCCAUCCGGAAGCCAGACUUGGCACACCAAGACCCUGACCCCAUCCAGGUCCCAGAGGUCCAGGCCCGCAGAAGCUCCGAAGGCUCUGGCCACAGGUCCCAACUCCUCUGAACUGUUUGAAGAGUCCUGGCCAUCCAGUUCAGAAAGCCCUUCCCCGCCCAACACCACUGAAGGACAGAUGGGAACCUCUCUGUCACCCACCUUGGUCGACAGCAGGGAGUCCGUGGUGGCCAAGUACAUAAACCGGUUCCGUCAGGCUCAGCCCACAAGCCGAGAGGAGCGCCAGCCUGCAGGCCCAACCCCAGCUGACUUUUGGUGGCUCGGGCCUGAAUCUCCAGACACCAGCAGUCAACUUGCUGCAGGAGCCAAUGAACCAGAAGGAAGACCCAGCACAGCAGUCCCAAUUCUUGCCAAGGUGGCCAGUGCAUCUCAGGCUAAGGCUGUGGCUCCCCUUGAGGAAAUGAAGCAGAGCCUCAACACAUGGAACUCGUCCCUGCUGGACCUGGAGACACUGAGCCUACAGAGCAGAGCUGCCAGGCUGCUCAGACGCAGCAAGGCAUCCAUCUCUGCCUCCUCACUAAGCCCUAGCGAUACCAGCAGCUCCUCAUUCCCAGUCAGCUCUGAUGGCCUUUCUCCCUUCUCCAAGACCUUCACCCCUGACUUCAGUAAGGGCUCUGACCCCAAGGCACAUGCAACACCAGUGCCUGCCUCCAUCCCUGCGCCAGCCCAGGUCUCCUCCCAGGCACCCCUGCGUCCAGAGGAUGACAUUCUAUACCAGUGGCGGCAGCGGCGGAAGCUUGAACGGGCUCGGGCUCAGGCUCGAGGAGGGCAGGGUGAUGGAACCUGGGUACUACCCCAGACUCCUGCCCUCACCACUCCAGCCCUUUCUGCCCCUGCAGAGACUCUCGGCUCCCUGGGAACCCAGCCUCCCUGCGUCCCACAUUGGGCCAGUGUGGCCCGACCUGGGCCCCUGGAGGCCUUCUAUAUGGAGAGACCUUCUGUUCCCCCAGGGUUCUCUCCACACAUCCUUUGGGGUCCCAGCCCCCAUGGGUUCUUCUGGGCCCCGCAGUCUGGUCCCUGGGUAUCUCUCGGGGCCAUUCCUCCCGCGCCGUCAACCCCUGUGGCUCUGGCUGCCACACCCCUGCCCCCCGCCUCCACCCCGGCACCCACCGCCUCCACCCUCCCGCCCCCAACCGCCCCCCAGGACCCGCCCACUCCUGCUCCGAGCUGCCCGGCCCAGCCGGAGAGGCAGGGCUCCAAGCCUCGGAGUAGCAGAGCCCCGCGCCAGGAGUCGGCUGGGGCAGUCGUGGCAGCUGACGAGGGGCCUGGUCCCCAGCUCAGAGGCGCCCUGGGCCAAGUAGUAUCAGCUCGACUCUUCCCGGACGGCCUGGAGGACACGCCCCCUCACCUUGAGAGCCCAUCUCUACCCAAGGGUGAAUCUCUGAAAGUCAAAGCCACACAGCCCCAAACCAAGAUUGCGCCACCUCGCUCAGAGGUCACGCCCCCUCUAUCUGGAUCAAAAUUUCCCAAGGCACAGACUCCGCCAAGUCGGUCUAAAGCCGAGUCUCCGAAAGCCAAGGCCACGCUCCCCCUAGCGGUGUGGGAGCCUAGGAAAGACAAAGACACUCCCUUGGCUGAAGCUGGGUAUCCAGCGCCCAAGGUCCCGCCCACUCCAGCUAAGGAGGCGUUCCCUGGCGCCAGGGCCGCGCCCCCUUCCUUCAAGGCGGGGUCUCUCGAGGCAGCGGCUGCUCCCUCGUCUGCUGCUGGCCACGCCCCCUCAGAAGAUCUGCUCUACCAGGCUGCCCGACUUCUAGAGGAGGCGGAAGACUCUGACGGCAGCGAGUUCCAGGACGACCCGGUACUUCAGUUGCUGAGAGUUCAGAGGGCCGAGCUGAGACGCCAGAAAAGGAAAGUGGACGCCCAACUAUGCCUCUUACUGGAGUACACUGAAGACCCAGGGACUUGGUCUUCUCCAACCGGUCGCCCCCCCAGGUCCCCAGGAAGGCAUCUGCAGAGGGAAGGAGUUUCUCUUGAGACCAGACAACAUUGAAUUGUACAAAUUGUGUUUUUCCCAAUACAAUAUAUUAUUUUUUUCACGUUACUGAUUGUCUCUGAGAAAGUUGUUCAGGGAAGGCUGAGAGUCACGCUAAUUUAGAGAAAUAGCUCCCUCCCGCCCCAAUCCACCCCCUGCCCCACCCCCACUGUAGUUCCCGACUGACCGUUGGCACAAAAUCUCUUCCCGUUUCCCCUCUGAGGAAUCCUCUCUGAGGUCCGGAGAGGGGGAGCGGUUCCAGGCCAGAUUUCAGGCAAGACUGAGACUCACCUUAGUUGACUCUCAGCUCAAGAAGCGGAUCCUCCUGACUCAGCUGAAACCAAAGGGCUGUGUUCUGGGCUAAUGAAGCUAAUGGGGUCAUCAGAGUGCUGGACAAUGGUCAGCCCUCAGUCCGCAGCCUGCUUGAGCCCACAGCAGCAUUCGGCGUGCUCAUCCCUCCCUCUUUGAAACACUUCCUUCCCCUAUUCCCAGUGCCCCACCAUUCUUCUCACCUCUCUGGUCAUUGCCCCACCUUGUCAUUGCCCCAGCCUGUCACUUGAGGAUAUCCCAGGUCCCUGGCCUUAACUGUAUGUAUUCAUUCCCAGGUGCUCUCAUCUAGCUUCACCUGUCUGGACAUCACCUGUCUGGACUUUUGAAAAACCUGUUGUUUUGUCUGUAAAUUCUUUGACACACUUCCCAUUAAGAAAUAGAGUCAGUGUCGUUCUCCCUGAAACUAGGUAGAACUCUGGGGACUGCCUCAACAAAUAGAAUACAGAGGAAAUGACCCUGCUUUAAGUUUCUAAACCAGAUUAGAAAGGGUGAUACAAUUUCCACCUGGUGGCCCAGCAUCCUCUCUCUUUUGUGUGCUUUGGAGCCCUGGGCUGCCAUGUAAAAAGUGCAGUUACCCUAUGAGUAGGGGUUUUGGUUACACAGGUGUAUGCACUUGUCAAGAUUCAGUGAAAAUUCUGAAUUUUAUUGUAGGUAGAGUUGAUCUCAAAAUAAAAACAAAUAUUGAACUCUAGUAAGAGAUAUGCAUGCUGAAGUGUUUAGGGGACAGUAUACCAAUAUCUGUUAUUUAUUCUGAAAUAUAUCCAAAAAAUAGUGAGACUACUGGAAUAGAAUGAAUAGAGUAAUAGGUGACUGGGAUAUAAAAUAGAUACAGUAAAAUGUCAGUGGUAGGAUCUAAGUGGUGGGUAUAUGGGUGUCUACUGUGAAAUUCUUCAACUUUCCUAUAUGUUAGAAACUUUUCGUAAUAAAAUAUUGGGAGAAUUUAUGACUAGGAUUAUUUUGAUAUCUGUAUUUAUUAAAAAGGGAGGAUAGAACCGGUUUCUGUUAAAAGUAGCUUCUGAGGGCUCCUGGGUGGCUCAGUCAGUUAAGCGUUUAUUUGACUUUGGCUCAGGUCACGAUCCUGGAAUCCUG